AUGAUGCAGAUGCACUUAUUUUUGCGGCACAGCAUUAGCAUUACUCUGUUGCUACCGUUUGAGCAGAUUGUAACACCUGAGCAGGUUAUACCGUACUAUGCCAUUUUUUUGAUUUCAUUUCGUGACGGGACAAAGCCUAUCCAGUCUGAAGAAAGAUGAUUUUGUCUCGUGUCAGAGUCGCCGGGAAAAGAAAACCAUGGAUCCUAUUCUCAGUCAUUGCUGUUUAGCCGUUUGUCUUUGUCAUGCGCACAGCACCCGAUUGUGGUCGUGUGACCAUCUUACUUGUACUACUAGUAUCAGGGUGCUACUAAUACAUAGGAAAAAUAUGUGCUACCUGGAAGAUGCAUGCGUGGUUUGCAUCGUGAUAUUUUUGAAGCUGCUGGUGCAACAUGCAUAUGCAAGCCGUCCUUCUGCAUCUGCAGAAUUCUGGCGUCUACAAACAAAUGCAAAUAACCGUGACUCUGUGUCCGUUGCGAAGCACGGACACUAGAAAAUUGCUACAGAGUUCUGGAUCUGUUUUCAUCUGAUAUGAAAAAGCAUAAAAAUCGAUCCUUCUUGACCAUGUCGACCUCGACGCCACAAGAGGAACAAGUUAGUAGAAUUAGACCCUUGAUUUACGUGUUCUUUUUUCCGACACGGCAUCCAUGGCUUCUCUUUCUCGACAAGCCCGGCAAACCCAAACCCUGACACCGACAAUUCAUUUUGCAUCUGCAUAAAUCCACGACGUAUCAAACGCACUUAUGAUGUCUGGGUCUGGAAGAUGAAAUUGAAAAUACUUUACUGUUACUUGCAUUGCUAGCGGUGGUUGGAGAAUGUCAAUGUUGAUAUGAGCACGCCACCACUAGCGGCUAAGCAUGUGGACAAGUUUUUGAUGAACUACCAUGCGUUUUCUAUGUCUCCAUUACAACCUCCUCCAUAGUUAUUUUUCCAGCGUAAUAGAAAAAGAUGAUGAAGACCGCUCUUGGAUAACAAGAGCGUGCAUGACAGACGACCUGAUAGAUGGCGCCAUUCUAGCUGAGCAUGAGCAGCUUUGUCGCAUCCUUCCAGACCGGAGAGAGGUUUGCACUUGAUACAACGACAUCAGCAGGAUAUGGAUGUGUCAGAGUUGAAAUCGACAAAGUUGAAAUAACUUGCAAUGCAUAAAAUGCGAUGCAAAAAGUGACUCUAUUGCAGAGGACGCAAGGGAGGCAGAUUAUAGUCCUGGUAAGGGUCAAAAGUUGGGCCGGUGACUAGCAUGAGAGAAGGCCGCUCUUUUGCCCUAAACCGCAUGACAGACCCGCUUCCAGGACCGGGAAAAUUUGUCAUGCACCGACUACAAACUGCAGGUCUAACUGGCAUCCAUUUUAUGCAAGCAUGACAAAUUAUUUCAACUUUGUCGAUUUCAAACCUGACACUCCCAUACAAGAUCUAUCCACAAUUAUAUCGAUGCUGGUGUCAUCUCCCGGAAACAAAAGCCAUCAUCUGCCUAUCCCGGAGGAGAAAACUGCUUCACCUACUAUCUAUCGUGCGGGAACUCUACUUCGUGUAGAAGCAACAGUAACUAAGAAAGUAAAAGUACUUCCCAGUAGCCGUAGCGAGCGAAGGCAUUUUUAGACGAACAAAUUCAAAAAAGUGCUGUCAGUGUGUCUGCCCUUUUGAAAAUGAUGUCGCCUCUACAACUAAAAAGUGCGCGCUACUUACGUCCAGUCUACCGCUCAACUAUUUUUAAUGAUGUGAGUUGGAGUGGAUGCGACAGCGAUUGCGGCGAUUCGUUUCGCAUUCUAGCAAUUGGCGGCUGGUCCUUUUCGCCUUGUUUUAGUUGACCUGGUGUCCACCUUCUGAGGCGAAGGGGUG